UGCUCCGAGACCCAUUCAGUCCCUGCGACUUCCGGUCGCCAAGCAGAGAGUGCGCGAUGCUCCUGCAGCGCACUUUCGCCAGACCCGCUCGCCUGUUCCUCUUUUCCAUACCCCCACCUAUCUCGAAUUUCUCUCAGCUUAAUUUUUAUCCCCAAUAAUAGUUAGAAUCAGGAAAAAAUUAAGAGAAUUUAGAGGUUUCAGAGAAAAAUAUUAGGCUCCGCAGUUUUGUCGAAAGUGCAGUCCGGAUGCAGGCGUGAAGGCGGCCAAACCGGAAGUGGUUGGGGCGGUGUAGCGGUUCCGCCGGCGCUGAGGAAGGUGGGGCCUCGCAGGAACUGAAGUCGCCGUGCGGUGUUCUAGCGCGGCUGUGGGCUGGAGUGCAAGAGGGCGUCGGGAGCUCUGCCGGCAUUGCCAGCCUGGCUGGGAACGUGGGAAAGUGUCGCUCAAGUCCUCUCCACUGCGCUGCACACCUAGCUCGCCUUUUUCCGAGGUGUGGUGGAGUCGCGUCAGGUCGGGCCAGCUCCCUCAUGCCGAGCUGAGCCUUUGUGGUAGCUAAUAACAGCAAACAAUACAUAAUAAUUCCAAUUUACUGAGCGCUGAAUAUACCAAGAACUCUACGCAUAGUAUCACAUAUGAACCUUACAGAUUUUCUGAAGUAGCUCCCCUUAUCCAACUCUUCAAGAUACGAGGUUCAGAGAGAUUAAGUUGUCUGCGCAAGGUCACCCAGCUAGUAAAUUAACAGAAACAAAAAGUAACGACAAAUCGCAAAAAGCUGCGCCUUUUUAAUUGGUAAAGAGAUAGGAACCAAAUAGCCAAACCCGUUGUCAGGAGCAGAUUCCGACUCAUGGAGACCCCAAGUGUGAAAGAUUAGAACUGAACUCCAUAGGAUUUUCUUGGCUGUAAUAUAUAUGACAGCAGAUAGCCAGGCCUUUCUUUCACCGCACAACUGGGUGGGUUCAACCGUCCCACUUUGGGUUAGUAGUCAGUGACAACCGUUUUCGCCACCCAGAGACCUUAAGGAGAUAACCCACUGCUCUGGAGCUGGUUCCCACUCACAGCGACCCUAUAUAGGACAGAGUAGAGCUACUACAUAGUUUCCAAGGAGCGGCAGGUUGAUUUGAACUGCCCACCUUUUGAAUAGCAGCCGAGCUCUUAAUCACUGUGCCACCAGGGCCCCUUGAGGAGAUAGGAGAACUUUUUAAAUUUAGAGUUACCAGAUUUAACAAAAAUACAGAACAAAAAAACUCCAAAACCUGUUGCCAUCAAGUCGAUUCCUACUCAUAGUGACCCUAUAGAAUGAAGUAGAACUGCCUAAUAGGGUUUCCAAUGCUGUAAAUCUUUACAGAAGCAGACUGCCACAUCUUCUCCUGUGAAGCAGCUGGUGGGUUCGAACUGCUGAGCUUUUGGUUAGCAGCUGAGCAGUUUAACCAUUGUGCCACAAAAACAAAAAAACCAAACCUAUUGCCAUGGAGUCAAUUCUGAAUCAUAGCCAAAACCAAAAGCCAAACCCAUCGCUGUGGAGUCGAUUACGACUCAUAGCCAAAACCAAAAGCCAAACCCGUUGCCACCAAGUCCAUUCUGACUCAUAGCAACCCUAUAGGACAGAGUAGAACUGCCCCAUAUGGUUUCCAAGGAGCACCUGGUGGAUUUGAACUGCCGGCCUUUUGGUUAGCAGCCGUAGCUGUUAACCACUACACCACCCGGGUUUCCAACUCAUAGCCAGGGCUCCUUAAAUAGAGGACGCCCAGUUAAAGUCGAAUUUCAGAUAAACAAGAAAUAAUGGGACAUACUUAAUUCUAAAAAAUAUUUCCUUGUUCUUCUGAAGUUCAAAUUUUAACUGGGCAUCCUGAAUUUUAUCUGGUAACCCUAUUUCUGUUGGAGGCCUUGAAGCAUAAAUGAACUCGGUUUGUUUGUAGAACAGAAAGCAGUCCAGUGUGCGUGGAACGCAGCGAGCCCAGGGAAGUGGGAGGUAGGAAAGACAGGCAGCCACUAGAUCCUGUGGCACAGCUAGGCCUUGGUAUGUAGUUCUGGAUUUUCUUUUAAGUAAAAAGAAGCCAUUGGAGUUGUUGUUUUGCAUGUAUUUAUGGUGAAAUUUUCAAUUGAAAAGGAAAAAAUAAAAAUAUUUAGUUGUUUAAUUACGGCGAAGAAAGGUUGUUUAACAGUCUAAUGCUCAUUGGCCUCUGUAUAAUUUUUAUUGUUUUUAAAUUUUCAUAGAGCCUUAACCCAGAAGAGCAUUUAUAAUUUUUUUAAUUAAAAAUUUUUUUAAGAUUUUAUUGCGCUAAAAUAUGUAUAACAAAAUUUGCCACUUUAACCAUUUUUAAGUGUAAGAUUCAGUGAUAUUAAUUAAUUUACUAUGUGGUACAGCCAUCACCACUAUUUCCAGAAUUUUUUCAUCACCCCAAACAGAAACUCAGUACCCCUUCAGCAAUAACCCUCCAUUUCCUCCUCCCCACAGUCCCUGGCCAUACCACUAGUAAACUUCUAUCCCUUUGCGUUUGCCUAUUUUAGGUAUUUUCAUAUAAGUGGGAUCGAACAACGUUUGUCCUUUUGUGUCCGACUGAUUUCACUUAGCGUAAUGCCUUCAAGGUUCAUCUUUUUUUUGUUGCAAGUUAUUUCCUGAUUUCUUUUUUCUAAACUGAGAUGUAAUUCACAUAUAAAAUUCACUCCUUUAAAAUGUACAAUCCAGUAGCUUUUCAUAUAUUCACAAAGCUGUACAACCCUCCUACUAUAUAAUUCCAGAACAUUUUUAUCACUCCAAAAAGAAACUCCAUACCCAUUAACAGUCACUCCCCUUUCCUACCUCCAUACACCCCCUGACAACUGCUAGUCUACUUUACAUCUUUUUUGGAUUUGCCUAUUCUGCACAUUUCAUAUAAAUGGAAUCUUACAAUAUUGUAGUCUGAGUUCUGAGUCAUAACAUGCAUCAUGAGGCGAGCUAGUCCUUAAUCCUUGACCACACCCUUAUUUCUUCCACCCCCGCUUUCUUCCAGUACCUUGAGAGAGUCUUAUAUGGAUACGUGCGGACACCUAGCCUGCAUGUUUAAGCUCCACGCCUUGGGCUUAGAGAGGGGCACAAUGGCUCUAUAGACAUGUCUCCUUGGCCUCUUGGUCAGCUCAGCUUGUGGAUAGGAGUACAGCCAGAUAAGGGCCAGAGUGGGACCCCUAGAUCAGGGAGCCAUGUUAUAUAGAUUGGAUGAAAUACCUUAGGGAGAUACUGAGGUAGAGAAAGGUAGCCACUGAGAACUGAACCUUGGCCCUCCAACAUUUAGAAGUUGAGAAGAGGUGAAGGAGACAAAGGUGUUUAAAUUCCACAAGGUAAGAGAUUGACCAGUUUUCUUCACUGCUGAAUCUCCAGUGUUUAGAAAAGUCCUGGUAUAGAAUACAUAUUUGUUGAAUAAAUGACAGGAGACUGAGAAGUAGUCAAUGAAUGAGAGGAAAAAAAAAAUCUCAGUUUCUAAAUUAAGAACCCAGAAUAGCCAAAACUUUAUAAAAGAAGAACAAAGUUGGAUGACUAAGAUUACCCAAUUUCAAACUAUAGCUUCUCUUACUAAAGCUACAGUAAUGAAAACAGUGUGGUAUUGGUAUAAAGGUAGACACACAGAUCAAUGGAACAGAACUGAGAGUCCAGAAAUAAACCUUUACAUUAAUGGUCAAUUCCGUAGGGAAAGGAUAACCUUUCCAACAAGUAUGCUGGAACAAUUUUAUAUUCAUAUGCAAAAAAACCCCCAAAACUUGGGUCUAUACCUCACACCGUGUACAAAAAUUCAAUGGGUCAUAGACCUAAACUAAAAGUUUUAGAAGAGAAAAUCUUCAUGACUUACCUUUCAUAGAUAAUAAGCUCAAAAGCAUAUUCCAUAAAAGAAAAAAAUAAAUUGGACCUUAUCAAAAUUAAAAACUUGUGCUCUUCAAGAGAUACCAUUAAGAAAAUGAAAAGGCAAGCUACAGACUGGGAGUAUAUAUGUAUUUGCAAAUCAUCUAUCUGAAAAAGGACUUGUAUCGAGAAUUUAUGAAGAAUCCUUAAACUCAAUGAUAAGAAGUUAAAUAAUCCAAUGAGGGGACAAAAAAAGAUUUGAAUAGUCAUCAAAAGAAGAUAAAUGAGUAAUAAGCUCAUUUAUUAUUAUUAUUGAAACGGAACACGUAAACAUCAAUACCCCAGGGAUUAAAAAAACCAACCCACUCACAGGCAUUAGUGAGCUGAAAUGGACUGUAUUGGUCAUUUUGAAUUGGACAAUCAUAUGGUCUACUAUGCCAGUAAUGACAACUUGAAGAGGAAUGGCAUUGCACUGCUUGUCAAAAAGAACAUUUCAAGAUCUAUCCUGAAGUACAAGGCUGUCAGGAUAAUUUCCAUACGCCUACAAGGAAGACCAGUUAAUACGACUAUUAUUCAAAUUUAUGCACCAACCACUAAGGGCACAGAUGAAGAAAUAGAAGAUGUUUACCAGCUUCUGUGGUCUGAAAUUGAUUGAACAUGAAAUCAGGACGCAUUGAUAAUUACUGGUGAUUGGAAUGAGAAAGUUGGAAACUAAGAAGAAGGGUCAGUAAUUGGAAAAUAUGGCCGUGGUGAUAGAAAUGAUGCUGGAGAGAUCACAUGAUAGAAUUUUGCAAGACUAAUGACUUCUUCAUUGCAAAUAUCUUUUUUCACCAACAUAAACUGCAACUAUACACAUGGACCUCGCUAGAUGGGAUACCCAGGAAUCAAGUCAACUACAUCUGUGGAAAGACGAUGGAAAAGCUCAAUAUCAUCAGUCAGAACAAGGCCAGGGUCAACUGUGGAACAGACCAUCAAUUGCUCAUAUGCAAGUUCAAGUUGAAACUGAAUAAUACCAGAACAAGUUGACAAGAGCCAAAGUACGACCUUGAGUAUAUCCCACCUGAAUUUAAAGACCGUCUCAAGAAUAGAUUUGACUCAUUGAACACUGAUGAAUAAAGACCAGAUGAGUUGUAGAAUGACAUCAAGGACAUCAUACAUGAAGAACACGAAAGGUCAUUAAAAAGACAGGAAAGAAAAAAAAGACCAAAAUCGAUGUCAGAAGAGACUCUGAAACUUGCUCUUGAACGAUGAAUAGCUAAAGCAAAAGAAAGAAAUGAUGACGUGAAAGAACUGAAUACAAGAUUUCAAACAGCGGCUUGAGAAGACAAAGUAAAGUAUUAUAAUGACACGUGCAAAGAGCUGGAGAUAGCAAACGGAAAGGGAAGAACACGCUGGCCAUUUCUCAAGCUGAAAGAACUGAAGAAAAAAUUCAAGCCUUGAGUUUCAGUAGUGAAGGACUCCAUGGGGAAAAUAUUAAAGGAUGCCAGAAGCAUCAAAAGAAGAUGGAAAGAAUACACAGGGUCAUUAUACCAAAAAGAAUUGGUUGAUAUUCAACCAUUUCAGGAGGUAGUAUAUGAUCGGGAAUAGAUGGUACUGAAGAAAGAAGUCCAAGCUGCACUAAGGGCAUUGGAGAAAAACAAAGCUCCAGGAAUUGAUGGAAUAUCAAUUGAGAUGUUUCAACAAAUGGAUGCAGUGCUGGGAGCGCUCACUUGUCUAUGCCAGGAGAUUUGGAAGACAGCUACCUGACCAACUGACUGGGAGAGAUCCAUAUUUAUGCCUAUUCCCAAGAAAGGUGAUCCAACUGAAUGUGGAAAUUAUUGAACAAUAUUAUUAAUAUCACACACAAGUAAAAUUUUGCUGAAGAUCAUUCAGAAGUGUCUGCUUCAGUAUAUCAACAAGGAACUGCCAGAAAUUCAGGCCAGGUUCAGAAGAGGACAUAGAACCAGGAUCCUGGCUGAAAGCAGAGAAUACCAGAAAGAUGUUUACCUGUGUUUUAUUGACUAUCAAAGGCAUUCGACUCUGUGGAUCAUAACAAAUUAUGGAUAACAUUGCAAAAAAUGGGAACUUGAGAACACUUAAUUGUGCUCAUGAGGAACCUGUGCAUAAAUCAAUAGGCAGUUGUUCAAACAGAACAAGGGGAUACUGAGUGAUUUAAAGUCAGGAAAGGCGUGCAUCAGGGUUGUAUUCUUUCACCAUACCUGUUUGUAUGCUGAGCAGACAAUCCAAGAGGCUGAAGUCUAUGCAGAAGAAUGGGGCAUCAGGAUUGGAGGAAGACUCAUUAACAACCUGCAUUAUGCAGAUGACACAACCUUGAUUUCCGAAAGUGAAGAGGAUGUGAAGCACUGAUGAAGAUCAAAGACCACAGCCUUCAGUAUAGAUUACACCUCAACAUAAAGAAAACAAUCCUCACAACUGGACCAAUGAGCAACAUCAUGAUAAAUGGAGAAAAGAUUGAAGUUGUCAAGGAUUUCAUUUUACUUGGAUCCACAAUCAACAGCCAUGGAAGCAGCAGUCAAGAAAUCAAAAGACGCAUUGCAUUGGAUAAGUCUGCUGCAAAGGACCUCUUCAAAGUGUUGAAGAGCAAAGAUGUCACCUUGAAGACAAAAGUGGGCCAAGCCAUGGCAUUUUCAAUGGCAUCAUAUGCAUGUGAAAGCUGGACAGUGAAUAAGGAAGACUGAAGAAGAAUUGAUGCCUUUGAAUUGUGGUGUUGGUGAAGAAUAUUAAAUAUACUGGGAACUGCCAAAAGAACGAACAAAUCUGUCUUUGAAGAAGUACAACCAGAAUGCUCCUUAGAAGCAAGGAUGGCGACAUGUUAUCAGGAGGGAUCAGACCCUGGAGAAGGACAUCAUGCUUGGUAGCUUGGUAGAAUACAGGGUCAGUGAAAAAGAAGGAGACCCUCAAUGAGAUGGAUUGACUCAGUGGCUGCAACAAUAGGUUAAGCAAAACGAUUGUGAGCAAGGCGAAGGACUGGGAAGUGUUUUGUUCUGUAGUACAUAGGGUCGCUAUGAGCCGGAACCAACUUGAUGGAACCUAACAAAAACAACAAUAAGCUCAUGAAAAGAUGUUCAACAUCUUUAGUCAUUAGGGAAAUGCAAAUUAAGACUCCAAUGAGGUAACCACUAUACACCCACUAGGUUAUCAGUCAGUGAAAGAACCCAGCCACAAAAGACUAUAUAAUGUAUGAUUCCAUUUAUAUGAAAUUCUCAGAACUUGGAAAUCUUUAGAGGCUGAUAGCACAUCAGUGGUUGCCUGGGGCUGGAAGUAGGAGCAGGGGUUGACUGCAGAUGGGCCCAAGGAAACUUUCUGUGGUGAUGGAAAUGUUUUAGCACUGGAUCACACUAAUGGUUCCAUGACUAUAAAUUUGCUAAAAAUUACUGAAUUGUAUACUUACAGGUGGUGAAUUUUAUGGUAUGUAAAUUAUACCUCAAUAAAGCUGUUUAAAAAAAAAAAAGAUAUACAUUGCAUCAGUCAGGUUCAACCAGAGGAGAGCUAGUAGAACAUAUAGACGGAUACGGGUUUAUUACAAGGAAUUUGCUUAUGCACUCCUGGGGACUGGUUAAGCAAAUCCCAGGUCUGUAGGGCAGGCUGUCAGGAAGGGAAGAUCCAGAGUGGGGAGAGCAAUUGUAGACCCAGAUGCUGUUUGGAAUCUGACUCAGGGAAUGCCUAAAUUUUCUUUUUAAAAGAGCUUCCACUAAUUGAGUCAGGCUUACCCAGGACAGUCUCCCUAGUUUAAAGCCAACUGACUCAGGACUUUAAUUACAUCCGCAAAAUCCUUCACAGUAGCACCUAGAUUCCCAGAAAAAAAAAAAAAAAACCAGCACCUAGAUUAGUGUUUGGUAAAUUGGGAGAAGGUAUGAUGCAAAAGAGUGCUGCUCUCCUUCCAGUUUUUGUAGUUUAGCCUAGUAUCCAAACUGAUACGUCAAAAAAACAUCAUACAGGUGUUUUGUUUUCCACAGAAAGAUUACUUGCUUUUACAAGCUGCCAGAAAGUUUUAUUCACGUAAUCAUUCAGUGACCUUUUGAGAGCAUUCACUACAUGCAAGAUACAAUACUGUAUGCUGCCCUUUCAUUAAAAAAAUUUUUUUUUUUUGUUUACAUGGUGACUGGCAUAUACCAAAAAAAAAAAAGCCCAAACCCAUUGCUGUUGAGUUGAUUCUGACUCAUAGCAACCCUAUAGGACAGAGGAGAACUGCCCCAUAGGGUUUCCAAGGAGUGGAUGGUGGAUUUGAACUGCUGGCCUCUUAAGAACUGUGCUACCAGGGCUCUUGACUGGCACAAAGGGGUGCUCAAAUAUUUGUUGAAUAAAUAUGCUAUCAAUACCCUACUAGGAUUUAUUCCUCAAUUUUAUUUGGGUAUUGUGAUUGUUAAGGUUGUGUGCCAACUUGGCUGGGCCAUGAUUCUCAGUGGUUUGACAGUUAUGUAAUGAUGUAGUCAUCCUCCAUGAUGUGAACUGAGUUGAUCAGCCAAUCAUUUGUAAGGGGAGUUUCCUUGGGGGUGUGGCCUGCAUCCUAUAAAUAUAUAUAUAUAGAGAGAGAGACAUUCUGGCAUAGCACUCUGCGUUCAACUCGUCAUCAUCUGACUUCUGGUUCUUGGGACUUGAGCCAGUGGCCUGCUGUAUUGCCUGCCUAUCUUGAGAUUUGUUGGCCUCCAUAGCCUAUGAGCCAGCCACCUGCCAUCUGACCUGCCGAUCUUGGAUUCAUCAGUCUCUGCAGCCCACAAGCCAGUAGCCUGCUGUCUGACCUGCUGAUUUUGGGUUUGUCCACCCCUGCAGCUGUGUGAGUCAGGAGGGACAUCCAGCCUGAUGCCUGACCCAUGGAAUUGGAACUUGCUAGCCUCUACAAUCAUGUGAACCAUUUCUUUGAGAUAAAUUUCUCUCUCUCUCUACACAUUUCACUGGUUUUCUCUUCUAGAGAACCCAGCCUAAGACAAGCACACAUACUUUGGACAUGUUAUCAGGAGGGACCACUCCCUGGAGAAGGACAUCAUGCUUUGUAAAGUAAAGGGUCAGCAAAAGAGAAGAAGACCCUUAGCAAGAUGGAUUGACACAGUGGUUGCAAAGGUGGGCUCAAACAUAGCAAUGAUUGUGAAGAUGGUGCAGGACUCGGCAGUGUUUUGUUCUGUUGUACAUGGGGUCGCUAUGAGUUGGAACAGAUUCAACAGCACCUAACAAAAACAGCUCUGGCGUUUGGGUGGAAUAUGUGUUGUGCAGCCUCAAAUAGCACGUUUUCUCUCUCCAAGCAUACUUAGAAGUUUACACCUUAAACCCCUUCGAUUUUGCCAAGAUUUCCUGAAGGAAAAGUACUGUCUAAACAAAUAUCAGAUAUAGAAAAAAGAAAUUAUAUUGCUUAGCAGUUACAAUAUUUACAGGAAGUCACAGUGGGGACGCUUGAAGACUUGAUUGGCCUCUGAGAACGAGCUAAAUCUGUUUUCCAAUGGAUCCAGAUUUCCAGUCUUGCUUUUCCAGAAUUUGAAGAUCCUGAUUCCCUGGACCCCUAGCGAGGGAAGGUUGUUAGGUACAAAUCUCGCUCACCCACUCUCCACUUAACUUGAGAAUGAAUUACUGUUUUGACAGCUCUGUUGCAGCUCAGCAACGGCCUCUCCAAGCAACCCCUGCUGCGGCGGGCUGGCGGGCGGGACGGUUUCCAUGACGACGACUUUGUUUCUCCCCGGUGGCUACCGCUCUUAGCUAGCUGCUGCGUGGGAGCUGACGGGGUUCCGGAGCUUUCAGCCCUCAUUAUCCUCCUUCUUCCCACUAGAGAAGAAACUGGUUGAACGUUUCCCUCUCCUCUGCCCAGCCAGGAAGUAGUGAAAAACAAUCAGACAGAGUAUAGAGUAUUUUAACCUGUAGGGGACCAAGAUGUCAGAUGAAAACAAAGCUACCAUUGCAGCAGAAAAGGAGGCUCUAAACUUGAAGUUGCCCCCAAUAGUUCAUCCCUCAGAAGACCUGGGUGUGGACACACCAUCCCAAAGCAAGCUGCUCAAGUACAGAAGAUCUAAGGAGCAGCAGAAGACAAUUCAUCAGUUAGUAAUUGAUGGAGCCAAAAAAAAUUUAGACAAAACACUGUAUAAAAGAAUACCUUCAUUACCAGAGCCAGAAUAUCCUUCAACUAUGGCCAGUGAAAAUAAAAAAAAAGGAUUCAACUACAUGUAUUUGAAGCGAUGUGUAGAAAGUAGUCCUAUAGUGCCUAUUCAGAAGGAGUGGCUGGAUAACAUGUUAAUGCUGAUACCCGAGUCUCUAAGAGAAGGGAAAGAAAGAGAAGAACUUGUUCAAAGUCUUAUAAACGAGGUGUCAAGUGACUUUGAAAACAGCAUGAAGAGAUAUUUGGUGCGGAGCGUUCUUGUGAAACCUCCAGUCAAAUGGCUUGAAGAUGAAGGAGGCCCUUUACCAGAAUCCCCUUUAGGCCUGGAUUAUUCUAAUCCGUGGCAUUCUAGCUAUGUGCAGGCAAGAAAUCGAAUAUUAUCUAAUCUGCACAUUGUUCACCCAACCAUGAAAAUGUUACUGGAACUUGGUUAUACAACGUUUGCCAAUACAGUUUUGCUGGACUUUACAGGAAUUAGAGCUAAAGGUCCAACUGAUUGUGAAUCACUGAAAAAUGAUCUAUCAAUACAAGCUAAAAAGGCAGAAGAGAAGAUAAUGAACACAUGGUAUCCAAAGGUUAUAAGUCUCUUUACCAAGAAGGAAACAUUAGAAGGCAUUAAACCUGAAAAAGUGGAUGCUUUUUAUAACUGUGUUUCCACACUUAUGUCAAAUCAGUUAAAGGAUCUCUUAAGAAGAACUGUGGAAGGAUUUGUAAAACUGUUUGACCCACAAGACCAGCAAAGGCUGCCAAUAUUUAAGAUGGAAUUGACGUUUGAUGAUGAGAAAAUAGAAUUUUAUCCAACCUUUCAAGAUUUGGAAGACGUUGUUUUGAGUUUAGUAGAGAGGAUAGCUGAAGCUCUGCAGAAUAUCCAAACAAUACCUUCUUGGCUAGGAGGAACUUCAACACCUGCAACUCUUGACACGGAACUUCCUGAACACGUAAUACAUUGGGCUGUUGAAAUGCUGAAGGUGGCAGUACAUCAGAACUUAGAAGGUCCAAGACGACAUUAUGAGGCAUAUGUUGAAAAAUAUAAUUGGCUCCUCAAUGGGACUGCUGAUGAACAGAUAGAAGUUUUUCAGGCAGAAGAUCAUACUUUUGAUGAAUACACAUAUCUUAUAGAAAGAUUUUUAAGUCUUGCCUCAGAAAUGAUGCUUUUGCCGCAGUGGGUUCACUUCCCUAUGGUGCGCUUGGAUUGUGAUGAUUUAAAGACAGGCCUGAUAAAUAAAACAAAAGCCUUUGCAAGCAUAUUGUUAAAUGAUAUAGCAUCAAAACAUAGGAAAGAAAAUGAAUGUAUUUGCAGUGAAUUUGAAGCCAUUAGAGAACAUGCAUUAAGAGUCCCUGAGACAACAGAAGAAAUGAUGGAACUGAUAACUUUUGUAGAAAAAGCCCGAACUUUUGGAAUUCAAGAGUUGAUUUCAAGGAUCAAGGAAUCCAAACGCCGAAUGAGUUACUUUUUAGAUGUUUUUCUAUUUCCUCCAGAGGACUUAGCUUUAAAUGCAACUGUCCUCCUGUGGCCUGGGAAAAUUAAUCCUAUCUUUGAUGAAAAUGAUGAGCUCGUUGAGACUGCUAAACAUAAAAGAGAAAAUGAACUAAUAGCCAAGAGAGAGAAACUGAUUUUGGAAAUAGAAAAGGAAUCACGCCGCAUGGAAGAAUUUACAGAAUUCGCAGAGCUGGAACGCAUGCACCAGUAUGUGGCAGAUGUAAGACAACUGCAGAAACGUAUUCAGGAGUCUGAGGAAGCAGUUCAGUUUAUUAAUAAAGAAGAGGAACUUUUCAAAUGGGAACUGACAAAAUAUCCUGAACUGGAUAAGUUGAAAGUUAACAUCGAGCCCUAUCAGAAGUUUUUUAAUUUUGUUUUGAAGUGGCAACGAACAGAAAAAAGGUGGAUGGAUGGAGGUUUUUUGGACCUCAAUGGGGAAAGCAUGGAAGCUGAUGUAGAUGAGUUUUCCCGAGAAAUUUUUAAGACACUGAAAUUUUUCCAAACGAAACAAAAGAAAGAAUUACAAGAAAAAAGAAAGACGGCAAAAAGACGAUCUCUGGUAGAAGAGAAACCUGAAGAAGAGCCAAAAGAGAAUCCUACUAUUACUAUGUGCUCUACAGUAAUGGAGCAGAUAAAAAUCUUUAAGGAGUAUAUCCCUACUGUCUCCAUCCUGUGCAAUCCUGGAAUGAGAGCUCGUCACUGGAGCCAGAUGUCAGAAAUUGUAGGCUAUGACUUGACUCCAGACUCUGGAACUACACUGAGAAAAGUUUUAAAAUUAAAUCUUACACCAUACUUGGAACAGUUUGAAGUGAUAAGUGCAGGUGCAAGCAAGGAGUUUUCAUUAGAGAAAGCCAUGCAUACAAUGAUAGGAACUUGGGAUGAUAUUGGUUUUCAUAUAAGCCCAUACCGUGAUACUGGAGUUUGUAUUCUUUCUUCAGUGGAUGAGAUUCAGGCUCUCCUUGAUGACCAGAUUAUAAAAACUCAGACAAUGAGAGGCUCACCUUUCAUCAAGCCUUUUGAAAAAGAGAUCAAGGCCUGGGAGGACCGUUUGAUUCGAAUACAAGAGACAAUUGAUGAAUGGUUAAAAGUGCAAGCUCAGUGGCUGUACUUGGAGCCCAUCUUUUGUUCUGAGGAUAUUAUGCAGCAGAUGCCAGAAGAAGGCCGUCAGUUUCAGACAGUAGAUAGACAUUGGAGGGAUAUCAUGAAGUUUUGUGCGAAAGACCCAAAGGUUCUUGCUGCUACUUCUUUAACAGGUUUGUUGGAAAAACUGCAGAACUGCAAUGACCUUUUGGAGAAAAUUAUGAAAGGGCUUAAUGCAUAUCUUGAAAAGAAACGUCUUUUCUUUCCUCGGUUUUUCUUCUUAUCUAAUGAUGAAAUGUUAGAGAUUUUGUCAGAGACCAAAGAUCCACUUAGAGUUCAGCCUCACUUAAAAAAAUGCUUUGAGGGCAUUGCUAAAUUGGAAUUCCUUCCCAAUUUGGACAUUAAGGCCAUGUAUAGCUCUGAAGGUGAGCGAGUGGAGCUGAUCGCACUUAUUUCCACGUCAGCAGCGCGGGGUGCCGUGGAAAAGUGGCUCAUUCAAGUGGAAGAUCUGAUGCUCCGGAGUAUUCAUGAUGUGAUCGCUGCAGCCAGGCUGGCUUAUCCAGAAACUGCAAGAAGAGACUGGGUUCGAGAGUGGCCUGGCCAGGUUGUACUUUGUGUUUCUCAAAUGUUCUGGACUUCUGAGACACAGGAAGUUAUAAGUGGUGGGCCAGAGGGGUUAAGGAAGUACUAUAGGGAACUUCAGAGCCAACUAAAUGAUAUUGUCGAGCUUGUUAGAGGAAAAUUGUCUAAGCAGACCAGGACCACUCUGGGGGCUUUGGUUACUAUCGAUGUCCAUGCUAGGGACGUGGUCAUGGACAUGAUUGAGAUAGGUGUCUCACAUGAUACAGAUUUCCAGUGGCUAGCUCAGCUUCGAUAUUAUUGGGAAUAUGAGAAUGCUCGAGUUCGCAUCAUUAAUUGCAAUGUAAAAUAUGCUUAUGAAUAUCUUGGUAACUCACCUCGACUUGUCAUUACUCCUCUAACUGACAGGUGUUACAGAACACUGAUAGGUGCCUUCUAUUUAAACCUUGGAGGUGCUCCAGAGGGUCCUGCAGGCACAGGAAAAACCGAGACCACUAAGGACUUGGCUAAAGCUCUUGCUGUGCAGUGUGUGGUAUUCAACUGUUCAGACGGGCUAGAUUACCUAGCAAUGGGAAAGUUUUUUAAAGGAUUGGCUUCUUCUGGGGCUUGGGCUUGCUUUGAUGAAUUUAACAGAAUUGAGUUGGAAGUGUUGUCGGUGGUAGCUCAACAGAUCCUUUGCAUUCAGAGAGCCAUUCAGCAGAAGUUGGAAGUGUUCGUUUUUGAAGGGACAGAGCUUAAGCUCAAUCCAAACUGUUUUGUAGCUAUUACCAUGAAUCCUGGCUAUGCGGGGCGUUCUGAAUUGCCAGACAACCUUAAGGUUCUUUUUAGAACAGUGGCUAUGAUGGUUCCAAACUAUGCCCUCAUAGCAGAAAUCUCCCUCUACUCCUAUGGAUUUCUGAAUGCGAAACCUCUGUCUGUGAAGAUAGUAAUGACCUACAGGCUUUGCUCUGAGCAGCUGUCAUCACAGUUUCAUUACGACUACGGAAUGCGAGCAGUAAAAGCAGUUUUGGUGGCUGCCGGAAACCUAAAACUGAAAUAUCCAAAUGAAAAUGAAGAUAUACUUCUUCUUCGAUCAAUUAAAGAUGUAAAUGAACCAAAGUUUCUAUCUCAUGAUAUACCCUUAUUUAAUGGAAUAACUAGUGACUUAUUUCCUGGUAUUAAACUUCCUGAAGCUGAUUAUAACGACUUUUUGGAAUGUGCUCAUGAAGCCUGCAAGGCACAUAAUCUUCAACCUGUUAAAUUUUUUCUUGAUAAAAUGAUUCAGACAUAUGAAAUGAUGAUUGUUAGACAUGGUUUUAUGUUAGUAGGUGAGCCUUUUGCUGCUAAGACUAAGGUUCUGCAUGUGCUGGCUGAUACUCUAAGUCUUAUGAAUGAGCGGGGCUAUGGAGAGGAAGAAAAGGUUAUUUAUAGGACUGUGAACCCCAAAUCCAUUACUAUGGGCCAGCUUUUUGGACAGUUUGAUCCAGUGUCUCAUGAGUGGACUGAUGGUAUUGUGGCUAACACCUUCAGAGAAUUUGCCUUAUCAGAAACACCUGACCGGAAGUGGGUGGUAUUUGAUGGUCCCAUUGACACUUUGUGGAUAGAGAGCAUGAACACGGUACUGGAUGAUAAUAAAAAGCUUUGCCUUAUGAGUGGAGAAAUCAUUCAGAUGUCUUCUCAAAUGAGCCUCAUCUUUGAAACAAUGGACCUCUCCCAGGCCUCACCUGCCACUGUAAGCCGCUGUGGCAUGAUUUAUUUGGAGCCCUCACAGUUAGGAUGGGAACCACUUGUGUCUUCAUGGUUGAAUUCACUGAAGGGACCUCUGCAUGAACCAGAAUAUCAAGCUCUUCUGCAAGAACUUUUUGACUGGCUAAUACCGCCCACUUUAAGACUUCGUAAAAAAAAAUGCAAGGAACUGAUUCCUACAAGCGAUAGUAAUGUGGUUGUAUCUCUCACACGCCUCUUUGAAGUGCUACUCUGUCCUGUGGUAGAAAAUGAACCUACCAGCAAGCACAUUCGUGUUUGGAUUAUGGCUUGCUUUAUAUUCUCUUUGAUCUGGUCUGUUGGGGGAAGUUGUGAUACAGAUGGUCGCAUUGUUUUUGACGCCUUCAUAAGACCAGUCAUACUGGGAAAAGAUGAAGAAUACCCAGUGCCACAAUCUGUGGGUAAAUGGGAAUGUCAGUUUGAUGAAAAAGGCCUGAUCUAUGACUACACCUAUGAGUUGAAAAACCGAGGUCGCUGGCUCCACUGGAAUGAAUUAAUUAAAAGUACUAAUUUAGGAGAUAAACACGUCAAGAUUCAAGAUAUCAUAGUCCCUACGAUAGACACAAUUAGAUAUACGUUUCUUAUGGAUCUGAGUAUUACCUAUGCAAAGCCGCUGCUUUUUGUGGGUCCAACGGGUACAGGAAAAUCAGUGUAUGUGAAGGAUAAGCUAAUGAAUCACCUGGAAAAGGACCUGUACUUUCCUUUUUAUGUUAAUUUCUCUGCACGGACCAGUGCCAAUCAGGUUCAGAACAUUAUUAUGGCUAGAUUGGAUAAAAGACGCAAAGGAGUUUUCGGACCACCUAUGGGAAAGAAGUGUAUAAUUUUUAUAGAUGAUAUGAAUAUGCCUGCAUUGGAGAAAUACGGAGCUCAGCCUCCUAUUGAAUUAUUACGACAAUUUUUUGACUGUGGAAACUGGUAUGACCUUAAGGACACGAGUAAAAUCACAUUGGUUGACAUUGAGCUGAUUGCAGCCAUGGGCCCUCCAGGUGGUGGAAGAAAUCCAGUCACUCCCCGUUUUAUUAGGCAUUUCAACAUCUGCACUAUUAAUACCUUUAGCGAUGAAACCAUGGUCCGUAUUUUCUCAUCAAUUGUAGCAUUCUACCUUAGGACUCAUGAAUUUCUUCCAGAGUACUUUUUAAUUGGGAACCAAAUUGUCAAUGGGACAAUGGAGGUAUAUAAACAAUCCAUGGAAAAUCUCUUGCCCACUCCCACCAAAUCUCAUUAUACUUUCAACUUGCGUGAUUUUUCACAUGUCGUCCGGGGCUGCCUGCUCAUUGAAAAAGAUGCUGUGGAGAGCAAGCACACCAUGAUCCGUCUGUUCGUGCACGAGGUGCUCCGAGUGUUCUAUGAUCGCCUCAUUAAUGACAGCGAUCGGAGCUGGCUGUUCAACUUAACGAAAAGUGUUAUAAAGGACCAUUUUAAAGAAUCAUUUGAUGGUAUCUUUUCACAUUUGAGGAAAGGGAACGCACCAGUAACUGAAGAGAAUUUAAGAAAUCUCAUGUUUGGUGACUAUAUGAAUCCUGACCUUGAAGGAGACGAGAGAGUUUAUGUUGAAAUUCCAAACAUUCAUGUUUUUAGUGACGUUGUGGACCAAUGCUUAGAUGAAUACAAUCAAACUCACAAAACAAGAAUGAAUCUUGUCAUUUUUAGGUAUGUAUUGGAACACUUGUCUCGGAUAUGUCGGAUCCUAAAGCAGUCUGGUGGAAAUGCUUUGCUUGUUGGAUUUGGAGGAAGUGGUCGUCAAUCUUUAACUCGGUUGGCUACAUCCAUGGCAAAAAUGCAGAUUUUCCAACCAGAAAUUUCCAAGAGCUAUGGUGUGAAUGAGUGGAGAGAGGAUUUGAAGACUCUGUUAAGGAAUACGGGCAUGAGGGGCCAGAAGACGGUCUUCCUCAUCACAGACACUCAGAUUAAAGAGGAGGCUUUUCUAGAGGACAUCGACAGUGUGCUGAAUACCGGAGAAGUGCCUAACAUUUUUGCAGCUGACGAAAAACAAGAAGUGAUGGAGGGUGUUCGCCCAGUAGCCCAGGCUGGCAGUAAACAUGAUGAACUUAGCCCCUUGGCCCUAUUUGCUUUCUUUGUGAAUCGCUGCAAAGAUAACCUUCAUGUCGUAGUGGCCUUUAGCCCCAUUGGAGACGCCUUUCGAAAUCGCUUGAGACAGUUCCCAUCCCUCAUCAAUUGCUGUACCAUUGACUGGUUUCAGCCAUGGCCUGAAGAUGCUCUUGAACUUGUAGCUGUGAAAUUCUUAGAGACUCUGGAGCUCACUGAGGUUGAACGGCAGGAAGUAGUUCCAAUCUGUAAACAUUUUCACACCUCCGUUAUGGAUCUUUCAGAAAGGUUCUUGCAAGAGUUGGGACGACAUAACUAUGUUACUGCUACUUCUUAUCUUGAACUUAUUGCCUCAUUUCAACAGCUUUUGACAAAGAAACGACAAGCUGUCAUGAAUGCAAAACAACGAUAUACGAAUGGACUCGACAAAUUAGCUUUUGCUGAAUCUCAGGUUGGUGAAAUGCAGCUGGAGCUUGUUCAACUACAGCCCAAACUGGAGGAAGCGAAGAUCGAGAACGCACACAUGAUGCAGAUUAUCGAGAUAGAGUCUGCACAAGUGGAAGCAAAAAGAAAGUUUGUCAAAUUAGAUGAAGAGAUAGCCAGUGGGAAGGCUGAAGAAGCCCAGGCUCUGAAAAACGAGUGUGAAAGUGACCUUGCUGAGGCGAUUCCGGCUUUGGAAGCAGCUCUGUCUGCGCUGGAUACACUAAAGCCAGCUGACAUUACCAUUGUAAAAUCAAUGAAGAAUCCUCCAUCUGGUGUUAAACUAGUUAUGGCUGCUAUUUGUGUCAUGAAAGAUAUAAAGCCAGAAAAAAUUUCAGAUCCAUCAGGAACUGGAGGCAAGAUAUUAGAUUACUGGGGACCUAGCAAAAAACUUCUGGGAGAUAUGAAUUUCUUAAGAGAUUUGAGAGAAUAUGACAAGGACAACAUUCCAGUGAGUGUUAUGCAGAAGAUUCGUGGUGAAUACUUAACAAACCCAGAAUUUGACCCACCAAAGAUUGCGAAAGCUUCUUCUGCAGCCGAGGGUCUAUGCAAGUGGAUCAUGGCUAUGGAAGUGUAUGACAGAGUUGCAAAGGUAGUGGCUCCUAAGAAAGCCCGCUUAGCAGAAGCACAGAAGUCUUUAGCUGAGACCAUGGGCCUUUUAAAUCAGAAGAGAGCUGAACUGGCAGAGGUAGAACAUCAUCUGGAAAACUUACAAAAAAUAUUUUUUGAGAAAACUGAGGAAAAAGCUCGUUUAGAAGACCAAGUGGAACUUUGUGCUAAGAAACUGGAAAGGGCCUCAAAACUAAUUGGAGGACUGGGUGGAGAAAAAUCAAGAUGGGCUCAAGCUGCAGACGACCUUCAGACGACAUACGAGAACUUGACGGGCGAUGUUUUAGUGUCUGCAGGAGUGAUAGCCUACCUUGGCGCUUUCACCUCUGGCUUUCGACAAACGUGUACACAGAACUGGAGCACGUUGUGCAAGGAGAAAAAAAUACCAUGUUCGGAGGAGUUCUCAUUGAGUAAGACCCUGGGUGAUCCUGUAAAAAUUAGAGCUUGGAAUAUUGCUGGGUUACCAACAGAUACUUUCUCCAUAGAUAAUGGAGUCAUUGUUAAUAACUCCAGGCGUUGGCCUUUAAUGAUUGACCCCCAGGGCCAAGCCAAUAAGUGGAUCAAAAAUUCUGAGAAAGAAAAUCAGCUUAGUGUUAUUAAGCUAUCAGAUUCAGACUAUAUGAGAACACUGGAAAAUUGUAUUCAGUUUGGAACUCCGCUUCUAUUAGAAAAUGUUGGUGAAGAACUGGAUCCAUCUUUGGAGCCUUUACUACUCAGACAAACUUUUAAACAAGGUGGCAUUGAUUGCAUUAGACUUGGUGAAGUCAUUAUUGAGUAUUCCUUUGAUUUCAAAUUUUAUAUCACCACAAAACUGAGGAAUCCACACUAUAUGCCAGAGCUGGCUACAAAAGUGUCUCUGCUCAAUUUCAUGAUAACUCCAGAAGGACUUGAAGAUCAGUUACUAGGUAUUGUUGUUGCAAAGGAGAGACCAGAAUUAGAAGAGGAACGAAAUGCUCUUAUACUUCAGUCUGCAGCUAAUAAGAAGCAAUUAAAAGAUAUAGAGAAAAGAAUUUUAGAAACAUUAUCAUCUUCAGAAGGGAACAUUUUAGAAGAUGAAAGUGCAAUUAAAGUCUUAGACUCUGCUAAAAUCAUGUCCAAUGAGAUAACAAAGAAACAGCAGAUUGCAGAAAAAACAGAACUCAAAAUAGCAGAGUCUCGAGAAGGCUACAGACCCAUUGCUAAACAUUCAUCAGUGUUAUUCUUUAGCAUUGCAGACCUGGCUAACAUUGAUCCCAUGUACCAGUACUCACUUAGCUGGUUUGUGAACCUCUAUAUCAACUCUAUUCAUGACAGUAACAAAUCCAAAAUUUUGGAAAAGCGCCUACGAUAUUUAAAUGACCACUUCACAUACAACUUAUAUUGUAAUAUAUGCCGAUCACUAUUUGAGAAGGACAAGCUGUUGUUUUCCUUUCUGUUAUGUGCCAAUCUUCUUCUGGCAAGGAAAGAGAUUGACUACCAGGAACUGAUGUUUCUUUUGACUGGAGGAGUAAGUCUUAAGAGUGCUGAGAAAAAUCCUGAUCCAUCUUGGCUACAGGAUAAAAGUUGGGAGGAAAUUUGUCGUGCAAGUGAAUAUCCUGCCUUCAGAGGACUCAGGGAGCAUUUUUCUGAAAAUAUACUUGAAUGGCGGGAAAUCUAUGACAGUAAAGAGCCACACAAUGCUAAAUUUCCACAACCAAUGGAUACAACACUAAAUGAACUACAGAAAAUAAUAAUUCUUCGGUGCUUAAGACCUGAUAAGAUUAUCCCAGCUAUAACCAACUACGUAACUGACAAACUAGGGAAAAAGUUUGUAGAGCCUCCACCAUUUGAUUUGGCAAAGAGUUACCUGGAUUCAAAUUGCACUAUCCCCUUAGUCUUUGUGCUAUCUCCAGGAGCAGAUCCCAUGGCUAGCCUGCUGAAAUUUGCAAAUGAUAAAGCUAUGUCUGGAAAUAAGUUUCAAGCUAUUUCACUGGGACAGGGACAAGGACCAAUUGCAACAAAGAUGAUUAAAGCAGCAUUAGAAGAUGGAACUUGGGUUUGUCUACAGAAUUGUCACCUUGCUGUCUCCUGGAUGCCCAUGUUGGAAAAAAUAUGUGAAGAUUUUACUUCUGAAACCUGUAACUCUUCCUUUAGGCUUUGGCUCACAAGUUAUCCAUCUCCUAAAUUCCCAGUAACAAUUCUGCAGAAUGGAGUGAAAAUGACAAACGAACCUCCCACAGGUCUCCGGCUAAACCUCCUUCAAUCAUAUCUCUCUGAUCCAAUUUCUGAUGAAGUGUUUUUCAAGGGAUGCCCUGGAAAGGAACUGGCAUGGGAGAAGUUGCUGUUUGGAGUUUGUUUUUUUCAUGCCCUUGUGCAAGAGAGAAAGAAAUUUGGUCCUCUUGGUUGGAAUAUCCCAUAUGGAUUUAACGAAUCAGACUUACGCAUCAGUAUCCGACAACUACAGUUGUUUAUAAAUGAAUAUGAUGCAGUUCCAUUCGAAGCUAUCUCUUACCUGACCGGGGAGUGUAACUAUGGCGGAAGGGUGACAGACGAUUGGGACAGACGUCUCCUGCUGACCAUGCUGGCCGACUUCUAUAAUCCGCAGAUAGUUGAAAACCCUCAUUAUAAGUUUUCUCCCAGUGGAAACUAUUUUGCACCUCCCAAAGGCACCUAUGAUAACUAUACUGAAUUCAUUAAGAAACUCCCGUUUACUCAAGACCCUGAGAUAUUUGGAUUGCAUGAAAAUGUUGAUAUCUCCAAAGACCUUCAACAAACGAAAAUCCUCUUUGAGUCCUUACUCCUCACCCAGGGAGGCGCCACCCAGACAGGAGCCUCAGGAAGUGCUGACCAGAUUCUAUUAAAAAUUACCAAAGAUAUUCUCAACAAGCUCCCAAAUGAUUUUGACAUUGAAGCAGCAUUAUCAAAGUAUCCCGUGAGAUAUGAAGAGAGCAUGAAUACUGUGUUAGUACAAGAAAUGGAACGAUUUAACAAUUUAAUUAAAACUAUACGUAACACUUUACGAGCCCUUGAAAAAGCUAUUAAAGGCAUAGUUGUAAUGGAUUCUACACUGGAGGCCCUCUCUGGCAGCUUACUUAUCGGAAGGGUUCCAGAAACAUGGGCCAAACGAUCAUACCCAAGUCUUAAACCCCUGGGAAGUUACAUCACGGAUUUUCUAGCUCGGUUGAGCUUUUUACAGGACUGGUAUGAUUCAGGAAAGCCGAAUGUGUUUUGGCUCUCGGGUUUCUUUUUCACCCAAGCCUUUUUAACUGGAGCAAUGCAGAAUUUUGCCAGAAAACACACCAUCCCUAUUGAUUUACUAGGAUAUGAAUUUGAGGUGAUUCCUUUCGAUACAUCUGACACAGCACCGGACGAUGGCGUGUUUAUCCACGGGCUAUAUCUCGAUGGCGCACGCUGGGACAGAAGAAGUGGAUUACUUGCCGAACAACAUCCUAAACUUCUUUUUGACCUGAUGCCCAUCAUAUGGAUAAAACCAAAUAAAAAGUCUAGCAUUGAGAAGUCAAAUGCCUAUGUCUGUCCCUUGUACAAGACAAGUGAACGAAAAGGAACUCUUUCCACUACGGGACAUUCUACUAACUUUGUUAUUGCGAUGUCGUUAAAAACAGAACAACCCACUCAACACUGGAUCAAGCGUGGGGUUGCUUUGCUUUGUCAGUUGGAUGAUUGAAUUGGACAAAUUUAGAAAACAUCUGAAGGAAGAAAAAUCAUUGUCUUUACUUACUUAAAAAUAAAUAUCUGUUAUAAAAGCAAGUAUCUGUGUCAUUUUUUACAAUGGUCUUUGUGAAUGGCCUCUGCAUUGUUGUCCUCCCUGAUUUACCAUUCUUGAUGGGAAUACAGCCUUCUAGCUGGCCUCUUUUGAGAAGAUCACAGUCAGACUCCUCUGGGAAAAAAUGUGAUAAGAAAUGUUUCUUUGAAGUAUAUGGAAAACCUUUGAAGAUUUUAUUUUGCUUCUUUUUUCACAUAAUCCUGUGUGUGUGACAAGUAGAUCUGGGGGACUAAGGGAAAAUUUUUUAAUAUCAGAAA